CGUGCGACUCCAAGUCAAAUGCAGAAUUAUCGCCGAAACUUAAGAAGGAAGCACGUGAAACUAUUAAAUUUAUAGGAACCGGUCUCUUUCUGAACCAGUCUGUUCUCGUCCUAUAUCAUUCAUAGUCCUCUAUCACUGACACCCCAUCAUCAUCACUCGCUCCUUCCUUCACCACUUCGCAGUCCCAUUCACUCGUUUUCGGAGCUAUCCAGAUCUUGUCUCUCCCGCAGCUAUGGCAGAGAAGGUGACCAAAAUGGAGAUAAAGGUGGAUUUGCAGUGCUGGCGCUGCUACAAGAAAAUCAAGAAAAUUCUCUGUAAAUUCCCCGUGAAAAUCCGAGACCAGAAAUACAAUGAAAAGCAGAACACGGUGUCGAUCACUGUCGUGUGCUGCAGCCCGGAGAAGAUCCGGCAGAUGAUCAUCUGCAAGGGUGGCGAGACGGUGCUGGGUGUUGAGAUCCAGCUCGACAAGCCCAAGGAGCCCGAGAAGAAGCAGCCACCUGAGAAUAAGCCCGACCAGAAGCUCUCGAAGGCACCAAUUCCGGUGGUGGACUCCCCACGAGUGCCAGCAUAUCCGAUGGUGCCGGUGUAUCCGAUGGUGGGGGUGUGUUGUUGUCCACCGGGUUAUGGAGGGUAUGGUGGGGGGCCAUGCUAUUGUGGGCGGAGGAGGCGAGUGAUGUGCGGCGAUGGAUGUGGAAGACCGGCUAGUGAGUGUCGGGGUGGGAGAGGUUACUACGUGAGUCCAUGUGAUUACUUUAGUGAAGAAAAUGCCACUGGAUGCACUGUCAUGUGAUCUAGUUCAAAAUUUCUCAUGUCAAUUGCUAAUGUGGUAACUUCGCCAAAGAUGCAUAAGUCAACUUUUCAAGUCUUUCUUGGGGUCUUUUAUUUUCGUGGGUAUAGAGAGAUUGAUAAGGCUGGUGGUCUAAUAUGGUGCUAUAUGUGGUCAAGUAUGUUUAACGCCUGACUUGUUGGUGGUUGAUUUCUUCGUUUCAAUAAGAUCGAGUCCAAUUUAUUUCUA